AUGGUACAAAAGGGCACACACAAAAACAAUGACUCGUUUCCGUCUACAGCGCACACCAGCAUGGUGGAGGUGAAGAAUACGGAGGCAGCGACCGCCGCUGGCGGCGCGCAGAAGCAGGCGGACCAGGUGAUCCAACUGGAGUGGCACGAUCCCAUCGAAGAGGCGGCGCAAGAGCUAGAUGCGGCGCGAGUUGCAGCUAACUCGGAACCGACGCUCCGCGCGCGCGUCAAGAGGCUGGUACGCGGGGAGUGGAAGCAGACUUAUCGCAACCGACCCAAAAUUUCGCAUAUCCUGUUCCAGUUCGGGCUGCUACGGAUGGUGGUGAACUUUGUGCAGAACCUGCUGCUGAAAAUCCUCCAGAUGGGCCCGCUGCCGCAGCAUGUGUCGUUCAUCAUGGACGGCAACCGGCGCUACGCGAAGUCCAUGAAUCUGCCGCUGAAGCUGGGGCACGAGGCGGGCAGUGUGGCGCUGAUGCGGACGCUGCACACGUGCAAGCGCGCGGGGAUCGAGGCGGUGAGCGCGUACGCAUUCUCCAUCGAGAACUUCAACCGGCCUAAGGAGGAGAUAGACACGCUGACGGAAAUGCUGAGCCGGCGCCUGCAGGACUUUGCCAACCGCGCAACCAACCUCAAGGACCGCAUGUACGGCGCGCGGCUGCUGGUCGUGGGCGACCGUGCCCUGCUCAGCCCGGAACUCAACGACAAGAUAACGUACAUCGAGGACAUGACAAAGCACAACACCGCGUUCACCGUGUACAUCUGCCUCCCGUACACGACGCGCAACGACAUCUAUCACGCGAUGUUCGAUCUGGUGCGCCUGUGCCAGGCCGGCGCGCUGGACAGUAAGGACAUCUCCACGGAAAUGCUCACCAACGCUAUGUACCUUGGCGCCAACUCGAACCGUGCCGACAUUCUCGUGCGCACCAGCGGGCACACCCGCCUCUCUGACUACAUGCUCUGGCAGGUCCACGAGCAGUCCUACAUCGAGUUUUCCAACUGCAUGUGGCCUGAUUUCACGUUCCGCACAUUCUUCACGAUCCUGCUCAAGUGGAGUUUCGUCACUGCGCUGCACGAGGCCCGCAAACAGGAACGUCUGCGCCGGAAGCUUGGCACGUACGCGCGGUCCUUGUUGGCCCGCCGCGCGCGCCCCGUGCGCCUCGAAGCGCUGCCGCCCCCCCCACAGGCCAUUUCUGUGACAGACAGAUAG